AUGUUUUCCAGCUUGGGGAGGUGGAGCGCCAGCGGCUCCUACCAGCGGCUCCCCCGCGGCCCCGAGGCGCAGAAAUGCAGUCCAGAGAAAAGUGCUUCAUUCUUCAGUAAGAUGACCUAUUCCUGGUUUAGCAGAAUAAUUAUUUUAGGCUAUAAAAAACCUUUGGAAAGAGAGGAUCUUUUCGAACUAAAUGAAAGUGAUUCCUCCUAUAUUGUGUGUCCCAUCUUUGAAAAACAAUGGAGGAAGGAAGUUUUAAAGAAUCAAGAGAGGCAAAAAGUAAAGUCAUCUUUUCAUAAAGAGGCACAUACCAGGAAACCAUCUCUACUCCGUGCAUUGUGGAACACCUUUAAGUUUGUCCUGAUUCAAGUUGCUUUAUUCAAAGUGUUUGCUGAUGUUUUGUCCUUCACUAGCCCACUCAUAAUGAAGCAAAUGAUCAUUUUCUGUGAACACCGCCCAGAUUUUGGCUGGAGUGGCUAUGGUUAUGCUUUGGCACUUUUUGUUGUAGUCUUCUUGCAAACCCUGAUCCUUCAGCAGUACCAACGUUUUAACAUGCUCACUUCAGCAAAAAUUAAGACAGCUGUAAUUGGACUGAUCUACAAGAAGGGCCUGCUAUUAUCUAAUGUUUCUAGAAAAAAGUUUUCCACUGGGGAAAUUAUUAACUUGAUGUCAGCAGAUGCCCAGCAGCUCAUGGACUUGACCACAAACAUCAAUCUCCUUUGGUCAGCUCCUUUUCAAAUCCUGAUGGCCAUAUCAUUCCUUUGGCAAGAGCUGGGUCCAGCAGUGUUAGCAGGGGUGGCAGUCCUUGUGUUUGUUAUCCCAAUGAAUGCUUUAGUUGCAAAUAGAAUGAAAAAGCUGAAGAAAAGCCAAACGAAGAACAAAGACAAACAGAUAAAACUGCUCAAUGAAAUUUUACAUGGAAUUAAGAUCCUUAAACUUUAUGCAUGGGAACCCUCCUAUAAAAAGAAGAUUAUUGAAAUUCGAGAACAGGAAUUGGAAGUUCAAAAAUCAGCUGGGUAUCUUGCUGUAUUUUCUAUGCUGACUUUAACUUGCAUUCCAUUCUUUGUGUCCCUGGCAACAUUUGGCGUCUAUUUCUUACUGGACGAAGGCAACAUUUUAACAGCCACUAAAGUGUUCACAUCUAUGUCUUUGUUUAAUAUUUUGAGGCUUCCUCUGUUUGAUUUACCAAUGGUGAUCUCAGCUGUGGUCCAGACAAGAAUAUCAUUGGUUCGUUUGGAAGACUUUCUCAACACUGAGGACUUUCAUCCUCAAAGUAUAGAAACAAAGUACAUAGGAGAUCAUGCCAUUGGUUUUACAAAUGCUUCCUUUUCCUGGGAUAAAACAGGGAUUCCAAUAUAAAAAGACUUAAACAUAAAGAUUCCAGAAGGAGCUUUAGUGGCUGUUAUAGGGCAAGUUGGGUCUGGAAAAUCAUCUCUGCUUUCUGCCGUUCUAGGGGAAAUGGAGAAACUUAAAGGAGUAGUCCAAAGAAAGGGCUCUGUGGCUUAUGUUUCCCAGCAGGCUUGGAUUCAGAAUUGCAUUUUGCAAGAAAACAUUCUCUUUGGCUCUGUCAUGAAGAAGCAGCGUUAUGAGUGAGUUUUGGAAGCCUGUGCUCUCCUUCCCGAUUUGGAGCAGUUACCAAAUGCAGAUCAAACGAUUGGAGAAAGAGGUGUGAAUAUAAGUGGGGGUCAGAGGCAUCGAGUCAGUCUGGCCAGAGCUGUCUAUAGUGGGGCCGACAUCUACCUCCUGGAUGAUCCCUUGUCUGCAGUUGAUGUUCAUGUUGGAAAGCAACUUUUUGAAAAAGUGAUUGGGUCCUCCGGCAUGUUGAAAAACAAGACUCGAAUUUUAGUGACACACAACCUCACACUUCUACCCCUGAUGGAUCUUAUUGUUGUAAUGGAAAGUGGCAGCAUAGCACAAAUGGGAACAUACCAGGAACUUCUGUCUAAAACCAAAAAUCUCACAAAUUUGCUUCAGGCCUUCAGUGAACAAGAAAAAGCUCAUGCUUUAAAGCGAGUCAGUGUAAUCAACUCCAGAACUGUACUGAAAGAACAAAUCCUGGAGCAAAAUGAUAGGCCCUUAUUGGAUCAAGGAAAACAGUUCUCAGUGAGAAAAGAAAAGGUCCCUGUUGGCGGGGUGAAGUUCUCAAUCAUUCUGAAGUACCUCCAAGCCUUCGGCUGGCUCUGGGUGUGGCUGAAUGUGGCCACUUACCUGGGGCAGAAUUUGGUGGGAAUUGGACAGAAUCUAUGGCUUAGUGCCUGGGCAAAAGAAGCAAAGCACAUGAAUGAUUUCACAGAAUGGAAGCGAAUAAGAAGCAAUAAACUUAACAUCUGUGGAUUAUUGGGAUUAAUGCAAGGUCUCUUUGUUUGCUCUGGAGCUUAUGUACUCACCAGAGGAUCCUUGGCUGCCUCUCGAACUUUGCAUGGUCAACUGUUGGAUAAUGUGCUGCAUCCCCCACUCCAGUUCUCUGAAACCAAUCCCAUAGGCCAGAUCAUCAAUCGGUUCACCAAGGACAUGUUUAUAAUUGAUAUGCGUUUCCAUUACUACUUACGAACCCGGGUGAAUUGUACGCUGGAUGUGAUUGGAACAGUUUUGGUCAUUGUGGGAGCUUUACCACUCUUCAUUCUGGGGAUUAUUCCUUUGGUUUUCCUCUAUUUCACUAUGCAAAGAUACUACGUGGCAAGCUCUCGGCAGAUUCGGCGGUUGGCAGGAGCAUCUCGCUCUCCUGUCCUUUCCCACUUUAGCGAGACUCUACUUGGGGUGUCCACUAUCAGGGCAUUUGGACAUGAACAGAGGUUCAUCCAGCAAAACAAAGAGGUGGUGAAUGAGAAUUUGGUCUGUUUCUACAACAAUGUGAUUUCGAACAGGUGGCUGUCUGUUAGACUUGAAUUUCUUGGCAAUUUAAUGGUGUUCUUUGCUUCACUGCUUGCUGUGCUGGCUGGCAAUUCUAUGGAUUCAGCAAUAGUUGGUUUGUCCAUAUCCUAUGCCCUAAAUAUUACUCAAUCUCUCAAUUUUUGGGUAAGGAAAGCAUGUGAAAUUGAAACCAAUGCAGUUUCCAUUGAAAGAGUUUGUGAAUAUGAAAAUAUGGAUAAAGAGGCACCCUGGAUAAUGUCUAAAAGGCCUCCAUCACAAUGGCCCAAUAAAGGGAUAGUGGAAUUUGUUAAUUAUCAGGCUCGAUACGGAGAUGAUCUUGGUUUAGCGUUACAAGAUAUCACUUUCCAGACUCAUGGGGAAGAGAAGAUUGGAAUUGUGGGACGAACUGGAGCAGGCAAAUCAACACUAUCAAAUUGCCUAUUUAGAAUUGUAGAAAGAUCAGGAGGCAAAAUUAUUAUUGAUGGAAUUGACAUAUCUACAAUUGGGCUUCAUGACCUUCGUGGCAAACUUAAUAUUAUUCCACAGGACCCUGUUUUAUUUUCUGGAACCCUUCAAAUGAACCUGGACCCCCUAGACAAGUAUUCUGAUGGCGAGCUAUGGGAGGUGCUGGAACUAUGUCACUUAAAAGAGUUUGUGCAGUCCCUUCCCAAGAAGCUGCUGCAUGAAAUUUCAGAGGGUGGUGAAAACCUCAGCGUUGGACAGAGACAGCUUGUCUGUCUUGCUCGCGCUUUGCUGAGAAAAACAAAAAUUCUCAUCUUGGAUGAGGCAACAGCUUCCAUCGAUUUUGAGACUGAUAACUUGGUGCAGACCACAAUCAGGAAGGAGUUUUCUGAUUGUACCAUCCUGAUGAUUGCUCACAGACUGCAUUCUAUCAUUGAUUCAGACAGGGUGCUUGUUCUAGACUCUGGAAGGAUUACAGAAUUUGAAACACCACAGAAUUUGAUACACCAGAAAGGACUUUUCUUUGACAUGCUAACAGAAGCAGGAAUAACACAAGACUCAGGGACAAAAAGUAAAUACUUUUAG